AUGGCAGAAGUUCCUAUCAGAUACGGAGUCCCUAUCAAGCUUGUUCACCACGCCACUCACCAUUCACUUCAUUCGCAUCCUCAUGCUUUAGGAAGUGGAACCCAUCAACAAGAAGUUACAGGCUUUGGUUCUCGCGAUGAUAAUGAUUGGUGGAUUGUUAAAGGACCAGAUGGAAACGGACCUUGGAAUUGUCCAAUCGGAACUCCAGUCCUUAACCAUCAAAUCAUCAGACUUGAGCAUCUUGCGACGGGUAAGAACCUUCAUUCAUCGCCAGGAGUUCAUUCUCCAUCAUCCCACCAACAAGAAAUUUGUGCCUUUGGAGAGCAUGGAGUUGGAGAUGUCAACGAUAACUGGCGCUUGGAAGUCGAAGGACAGCCUCCAAAUACUCCUUGGUUUGGAAAUCACCAUAUCAGACUUAUUCAUGUUCAGAGCAACCAUUCUCUGCAUUCUCAUCAUGGGCAUAAGAUCAGAGACCAACAAGAAAUCACUGGGUAUGAUAGAAGAGAUGAGAAUGAUUUCUGGACUGUCGAGCGUAUAGCUUAA